CCGAAAUAAUGAAUCCCGAUUAUUACUCUUCUUAACUAAGAGAAUAAUUCCCUGAUAUACACCUACCUGUUGCCUGUUGACCUAAUCGAAUCGAGAACCGUCUUGGCGGCGGCCGACUACUUCAUAAUGGCGGCGGAGACCAGAUCAUCGGAGCUGCGAUCCAAGACAACCCGCGGGGACGACCACGUGGAAGAAGACGAGGAAGGCAGGGAGCCCAAGAAGAUGAAAACAACUCUGGCGACGGAGCAAGAGGAAGACGGCGACGGCGACGAGGAGUUGGAGAUUUCGUCUCCUCUCCGCGAGCCAUACGUUCCCGACGGGAUAAAAGACAGGCGUGCCAACCAGCAUAUAUUCACCGCCUACAAGCUCGCCAAAGCCAAAUUCUCUGAAAAACGAGGUCAUGCCCCCCCCCCCCCCCCCCCCCUCUCUCUCUCUCAUCCUUCUGAUCCUACUGCAGAUCGCGUGAACAAGAUGCUGCCCACGUGCCAAUACUUUCAAACGCCGCUCGUCUCCGUUCCCGACGCCGGAAGGAAGGCCGUGCUCCCGGCCGCCAGAUCCCUGAUCCGCCUCUCCUCCUCUCUCGGCCGCCAGCCGCUUGCGCGGUCCGCCGGUCUCUGGAUCGAUUGGGACGAGGGGAGCGGAGCCGGCAUUGUUUUGACAUCCGCGCAUCUCAUCCGUGCCAAGGAGCCGCUGCCCAAAGACUACCGGAUGCUCAAAGACCGGCACCUGUAUCAUCCCGGUGCUCAAGUUACUGUUCACUUGCUCGACGACACCACUACGGAAGGCCGCCUGCUCUAUCAUCAGGAGCAUUACGAUGUAGCUUUCUUCAAGGUUGCAGUGGAUCGACGUGUUCGACUAACCUCCUUUGCGGACACAGUCAACAUUGGUCAGAAAGCUUUGCGACUUGGAAGAGAAGAAAAUUUAAAUCUCAGGAUAACCCAUGGCAAGGUUAAACUAGACGAGGCGGAACUAGGAGAGCGACACCACCACAACAUGUACUUUUAUCCCGAUGAAAAAUAUGAGGAGGAGGAGACUGAAGAGAGGCAGAGAAAGUGGAGAGGAAAGGGUGUGUACAUACCUAGGUGUGAAGAUGAUGGAGAGCCGGUCAUUGACUUUGAUGGAAAGGUUGUGGGGAUAAUCAACUGUUCUGAAAGUGGAUCCUUUGUUCCUUCUUCCAUUUUGAACAACUGCAUGUAUUUGUGGAGGAAUUUCGGGUGCAUCCCUCGGCCCCAUCUUGGAUUGCAGUGUGAGGCCCUGAAGUUUUUAGAUCCCAUCCAUGCUGAGUAUAUAUGGCGCAAGCUAAACAUUGAUGAUGGUCUUGUUGUUAAAGAGGUGUCAAUAGGAUCUCAAGCUGAGAAAGUUGGAAUCCGAGUUGGUGAUAUUAUUGAAUGCAUUGAUGGAGAACGUAUUUCCACCACAAUUGAGUUGGAAAACAAGUUGUUGAGCAUAUGCAUGGGCACUUUUGAUAGAGGAAAUGACAUUAAUGCUAAAGUGGAUGUUUCUGUCCGAGUAUUUCACACGGCCAACCAUGUCUGGAGAACAAAACAGUUAACUGUAAAUUUAUCCGAUCGCCGAGAAGUUGUUGAAGGAGCUUAUUAUCCUAUCACUAAUGAAGAAGGGUGUUCUGCUCUUGUGUCACCUGACCAAGUUAACUCGGACUAGGACUUGGACUUGCGCUGGUUCAUGUGAUGAUUUAGCUCUUCCAAGUCUUUUUUCUACAAUGGAAGGGAUAAAUAAGACAAGAUUGUUUAGCCAUGUUCUAUAUUUCAGGGUCUUACAAGAGCUAUUUUACAGUACCCUUGAAUUAAUAUAAGACGUCUAUUUCUCUCAA